UACUCGUCACUCGUGCAACUUUUCAAGUUGUUGAAAUUUAUACUGCAGUUUUUGAUGUCGUUGUCAACGUAAAAUUCAAAUACUUAUCGCUCCUUGUUAAUUAUCACGGUUUUAUAUUGCUCGAUCAUUCCAGAGUCGAGUGGUUGGUGCCAGUCACCGUGUUGAAACUGCAUUCGAAUGAAUUUGCCACUGGAAUCGACUGGUCCCUCUUGAUUCUCCAACCCAACUGUUGGAACGUUGCAAUGUGUUGGAACAAUGUUUUGAUCUGCUACUGCUAGAUCCAGUUGCUCGUUGUAAGCAGUGCAUAAUCCUGCAUUUCCGGCAGUUACGCGAUGGAUACCUUCCUGGACAAGUUGCUGGGUGCAAAAUGCGGGGAGGCCAGCCCUGUUGCGCUGCUCGCAGCACAGAUGGAAAGCGUCGAUGAAGUGCUGCGCAACCAUUGCGACGACGCAGCACAUACCGAGCAGACUAUCACGGGUAGCACAGUGCAGCUAGAAUCCAAUCCCGCAGCAGCUGAGGAGCAUGGGGAAACGUUGAAGGGAACACCUAUCCAGGCGCUCCAGAAACUGAAAGAACCCAUUUUAGACACGCACACGACUACCUUGUCUCAAGAAUCUCCAGCAAUCCCAUAUACAGCAGUGGAAUCGCCAGAAAUUGACGUGGAAGAACCCGAAAAAGCGCUCUCGGCCGUUCUCUCGGAAUUCUGUUUCAUCCCGCCUUCCUUUCUUCUGGACCCUUCCUUCCUGCGCAACCCCAUGUUGCCAACCGUCACGCACUUCCCGGAAUCUCCUUGCCAGUUGUCUUCCGAGCGUGCUGCCAGUCAGUCAUCCACUUCCGAUGCCCACCACGACGACUGCACCCCCACUUCCGGUGUGGACUGUCUGAUUGAAGUGCAGAAUCCCACCUGGGAGGCCGCGGUGGUCGGGAAUCUCCUGACGGCACUGCACCGCAUCCAUGAGCAGAAAACGACGCAGACCAUGCCGGAGACGUCGGUGAUUGAGCAGUUUUCGCGGUCGUUCACGAUGGGAUUACCGGUGGCAGGAAAGCCUAUCCUAUCCAAGCUGCACAUGGCGAACUGCGCGGACGCCUUCAGUAAAGCGGCGGAUCUGAUCAGCGCCAACAAGCCGGUGGAGGCCAUUCCGCUCCUGGAGAUUGUUACUAAAUCCCAGCCGAACAACUGCGAGGCCUGGAUGCUCCUUGCGCUGGCCAGCUAUUUCAGCCAGAACGACAGCAAAGCCAUCUCCGUUUGCAAACGGUAUCUUGCUCACCAGGACGACCCUUCCGAAUCUUCCAAAAAUAUGGUGCUGCUCUUGCUGGCAACGUGCCUGUCCAAUGAAGGCGAUCUGGCCGCCAUGCACAGUGUGCUCUUCCAGUGGAUGGUGGAUUACUUCGCGCUAUCCGAUGCUAUGGUCCAGGGAUUUUUGCAGUCCGAUGAGAAUUCCGCUGAUGGCUGCGAUGUGGAGAGAGAUGUUGCCGGAUUAUUGACCGAUAUCUGCCAGGAAUUUCUUCCGCAAAUGCCGGCCGAUGGCACAUUACGCUGGGCGUUGGCCAUUUUGGAAUUCAGCCAGGGCCGGUAUGCCGCCGCCGGUCAGCACUUUGAGCACAUUAUCCGACAGAGCCCGACGAGUCCCUCGGUACUGAAUCAGAUCAGUGCCUGUCUGCACAAUCUCCGCCAGUUCGACACCGCCCUGGAAGUUCAGGAUCAGGUUUUGAUCAUGAGCCCCGAUUUUCCCCGCGCAGUAUACAAUAAAGCCUUAACGCUGACGGCCAAGGAUGAAUUAAUGACAGCGUUGAAGUUGAUCCAGGGCGCGCUGGUCUUCCAGCAGACACGCAAAGUGGAACCGCCCGAUCAGUUCUGGUAUUUGGCCGCGCGCAUCGCCCCCAAAUUACCAGCGAUGAAACCGGCACUGCACAGCUUACGCGUUCGCCUCAUGUCGGCUAUUUUGGCGCGGGAUCUGAAUCUCUACGGAAAACUUUUGGAUGACUUGAUGGACCAUUCGUCAUCGUAAAAUGAUCACUGUCGUUCUUCCUUUUAUAUGCUGUUCUUUUUUAAUCUCACUUGUUUAACUGUUGGUGCAUUUACGUUCCGGUGGUGGUAAAUUAUAUUUUGUGAAUUUUUGUCUAUCAAAAUUAGCAGACUUUUUAGAAAAUCACGUGUAGCAUUUUAUUUGAUAAAAACUUUUUUAAUGCCACAGGAAUAACCAUUUGGUUUUUCUAAGAAACAAAACCCAAAUAAAGUAACAAACUAUACAUGAAAGUACUAUGUAUCGGGGAAGUUAAUCAAGCUUUGGCAAAAGCGUUGAGUGGCAAAAAAAGGCGAAAAUAUAUGUCCGAGAAAGC